UUUGUUUCCUCCACUCCACAAUAUACCUUAAAAUUAUUAAACCCACAAGGUGCAUUGCCAAAAUGGCUGGUGAAGUGCAGUAUUUUUCCAGAUCUCUGGCCAACCCAGAGGCUCUUAGUAAUAUAGAUCAAAGUGUUCAAAGGCGAACAGCCAACUACAAACCAAAUAUCUGGAAAUAUGAACUCUUACAAUCUCUUGCUAGCAAAUACACUGAAGAGAAAUACGAAAGGAAAGCCCAGAAGCUAAAGGACGAAUUGAAAGAGACGUUUGCGGAUGCAAGAGAUACAUUGUCCAAUCUAGAGCUCGUUGACUGCAUCUGGAAACUUGGUCUGGCCAAUCACUUCCAGGAAGAAAUCGCUAAUUUACUGAACACCAUAAGCUCUGGAACAAACCUCAGCACUUUCAUGGAAAAUGAUCUUUAUGCUACAGCCUUAUGCUUUAGAAUUCUCAGGCAACACGGGUUCGAAGCUUCUGAAGACAUGUUUCUGGGAUUCGUGAAUGAAGCCGGAAAAUUCAAGGCAAGCAUAGCUUCGAAUGUGGAAGCUUUGGUUGAGCUCUUUGAAGCAUCGAAUCUUGGCUCAGAAGGAGAGAACAUAUUAAAUGAGGCUAAGUUAUACUCUAUCAGAAGUCUCAAGCCAUAUUUUGCUGCAAGCUCUUGCAAUCAGGCUUUGAGUCUUCCGUUGCACUGGACAGCUGAAUGGUACAACAUCAAGAAACGUAUUUUAGCAUAUGAACAAGAGGAUAAAAUUAAUCCCAAAUUAGUGGAGUUGGCAAAGCUUAACUUCAACAUAGUUCAAGCAGCGCACCAGAAAGAUCUCAAGGAGAUAUCAAGAUGGUGGAUGGAGCUUGGAAUCACGGAAAAAUUGAGCUUUUCUAGGGACAGAAUGGUUGAAAGCUUUCUUUAUGCUGGGGGAGUAGCAUUUGAGCCUGAACAUGGAAGUCUGAGAAAAUGGCUGAGCAAAGUCAUUAAGUUGGUAUUAAUAAUUGAUGAUGUUUAUGACAUUUAUGGUUCCUUGGAGGAUUUAGAGUGCUUCACCAACGCUGUUGAUAGGUGGAUGCCUGAGGAAGUGAAGAAUUUACCCGAGUGCAUGAAGACUUGUUUCUGGACAUUGUACAACACCACAGAUGCAAUAGCAAUUGAAAUUCAGAAAGAAAAAGGUUGGAGCUCAGCGUCACCGCAUCUACAGAAAGCAUGGGCAGAUUUUUGCAAAUCCUUGCUCUUGGAAGCCAAGUGGGAUAACCAGGGUUACACACCAUCGCUAGAAGAAUACCUAGACAAUGCAUCCGUAUCCUCAUCUGGCCCUCUGCUUUCUCUUCAUGUAAUUUUCGGUGUCGAAAAUCAAACGGCCAAGGAUGUUAAGGAAAUUGUUGAAGAGAACAAGGAUAUCAUUGACUAUACCUCACUCAUAAUUCGUUUAUGCAAUGAUCAGGGGACAUCCACAGCGGAAUUAGAGAGAGGAGAUGCACCAUCAUCAAUUUUAUGUUACAUGCGACAAGAAAACGUCUCAGAAGAAGUUGCUAGGGAGCAUAUCAGAAGCAUAAUAUGGAGGACAUGGAGGAAAAUCAACAGCCGUUGCAUCAAAACCAGUACAUUUCUGCAAAAAACAGCCAAGUACAUAGUAAACGAAGCAAGAGUGGCGCAUUUCAUUUACCAACAUGGAGAUGGUUUUGGGGUUCAAGAUCGAGAGAAUAGGAAGCGGGUCCUCUCUAACUUGAUUGAACCUCUUGCGCUAGUUGACUGAGGAAAUUUCGUGUGCGCAUUUGAAGAUAUAGAGUAGUAGUUGUUUGGAAGCACUCCUAUACUUUGCCCUUGGUGUAUUUGGAGGGUAAUUAUCUAAUGCAGCAACUGUACCCAACAUAUCAUUCUACAAUAAGCUACAUUGCUGAAAAUGUUCUGGAAUUUAUGAGAAAAUAUAUGGAAAUUAGCAGUU